AGCCGGUCUUGGGUUCGACUUUGUUAUUUUGGUUUGGCUCUUUCAAUUGUUUUCACUUUCCCUAUGGAGCCAUGUCUGUGAGCCUUUUUGAUGUCAGUUCGUUAACUGGAUUGCCUUGCACUGGAGAAGAAAUUUCAGCACUAUUGACCUUGCCUCCAGGUGUUGAGUACAAUGCAGAGUUGAAGCCCUCUUAUCCAGCUUUUGUGAGGUCUGCCUAUGAUAAAAGUAAGCCUGUCAGUGCUGAUGAGUAUAUUUCAUUUCUUCUUACUUUGAUUUGCAAAUAUAUAGUCUGCUCUGCUGGUAAAGUUCCCACUAAAAAGUUUAUUCCCUUAGCUGCUGCUUUAGCAUAUGGUAAACACAUGGCUCUGGGUCCUUUUUUGCUUGCUCAUUUGUACAGGAGUUGCCAAGAUAUCAUGGCUCAUCCCUUAGUUAUUAGUGGUGGGCCGCUUUGGGUUUUGCAAUUGUGGUUGUAUUCUUAUUUUCCAGCACUCGCUCUUGUCUCAUUUGCUGUUCUAACCCAGGAUCUACUCACUUACGACUUCAUGUUCAAGAAUGCCGUGGAGAACAAGAGAAGCUUUGAGGAGUGCCUCAAGUUUUUUGCUUCUCUUUCUGUGGACAAACCUGAUGCAGACUUUGUUGUGUUUCUAGGCAGAUCUCACGGUCCUUCAUGGUAUAGGGCCGAUGUCAAAUCCCCAGAUUUUCGAGCAUUUUGGUCUGUUUGUGUGACCUCUCGGGAUCUGUUUGUUGGCUGUAGUUUGAACACUCUCAAUUCCAGAUGCGGCAUGGAGCUCUAUGCACUGUACCAAUUCUGUCGGCAGCUAGGGUACUGCCAAGACAUACCAUUCUCGCCACUAUUCUCCUUCAACCACAGCUAUCCUUUUCGACCCUCCAUUUCGACUGAGCUGCACUUCCUCCUACAAAGGUUGGUGGUGAGACUACUUCCAUCCUCGGUUCCUCGGUGUUAUGGACAAUAUUUCUAUCAGCAAGCCAGAUUUGCCAAGGAGAGCUCCCAAAACUCAAGUCAAAAGGAAAAUUGCUACUCCUGCAGAUUCCACGGAAGAAAUUACUCCCUCCAAGCAAUGAAGAAUCGAAGGAUCAAGAGGUCAGCAGUGAAACCAUCUGCAGCCAAGAAACUUAUCAGAUCUACCUCUCCCUCGAGGUCCACUUCUACCAUGGAAACCGAGACUCAACCUGAUAAAGCAAAAGAUAUUUCCCUCGGUCUUGUUACCACAAAAGCUCCUGUUGAAGACAUACCUGCUGAAGGCGGUGAAAGCACUUCUGGCUCCUCUCAUACAAAAUCUGGCGAUGGUUCUUCACCCGCCACAAAGAGUGUUGCUGCUGAUGUGUACAUGAUUGAUGAUGAUUUGGAAAAUGAACUUCUUGCCCAGCUGGACAUGUUGAUAAAUCCUCCGGCUAAAUCUAGAUCUGCCACAGAUAGUAAGGGGAAGGCAGUUGCUGAAGAAGUGGAUUUUGAUAUCAACCUCCCUACCCAGGAGCAGAUUAGCUUUGCCAUCAUGACCUUGCAAGAGCUCCUUGAUGGUGGUCCUUCCCAUUUUUGCAAGUUCUGGGCAAACUUCACCACCAUUUAUACGCACUUCAGCAAGAGAUUCCAGGUACUUGAGAGCAAAGUAGCGGCUGCAGAAUCUGUGAGGAAAUCUGUAGCGGAUAGCACUGCCGCUGUCUUUAAGAAGAAGGAAGAAUUCUUGGCAGCAAAGGAGGCUCAUGUCACACAAGUUAAACAUCUCCAAGAGCUUAAAGAAGAAAUCUCUAACCUUGAAGCCAAGCUUUCAGAGUUAAGAAACCAGGUUCCUCUUGCGGAGCAAACCGAGAAGAAUUUGGCAGAUCAAAGAAACAAGCUCCGCGUAGACAUGGAAGCUGGCUUGAAAUCUACUGCCAAGAUCAAGGAGCAGCUACCUUCUUUCACAGCCUCUACAGAUGAAGCCGUUGAAGAAAUCAAGAACAUGAGAGAAGAAUGGAGCACUUGGCAAAACAACCUUUAUUGAUUUUUCUUUUAUGUAUCUCCUUGUCUCUUUAUUGGUUGAAAUUGCACAUUGUCAUGUUUGAACUUAUUGUUUGCGGCCUAUUGGCCAUGCAAACUUCUUUUUCAAUGUUGAUCUCUUUCUUGGCUCAUAUUCUGAAAAUUUGCUUGUUGUACUUUUGUUCAUACUCUGGUACAGGUUGAAAUCUGUCAUGGUCGAAAUCUGGCCGCUGUGGUUGUUCACAGCUAGAUUUGGCCUACUUACCGAUUCAGCUCAGUACUUUUUAUUGAAUGAUAAAAUGCUAAACAAUGAAAUAAAAUACUGUACAAAUC